AUGUAAUAAAAAGUAGAAUAAGUAUCUUUGCUUAAUCAAACUUGUAGUUUACACACUUCAGAAUAGUUAAAUUUAGUUUGUUUAUCUGCUUCUUGUUUAAGUUAAGGAUUUAUUUGUAAGCUAUGUAGAAAAUUACAUGAAAAUCAUAAUGUUAUUGCUGCUGAAGAAUUUUUAGAGAUCUUAAAAAGAUUAGUUAAUUAUGAUGGUAAAUACAAAACUCCAAAUCAAAUAGAUCCAAUAAUUGCUAGAACUACAGCAAGUUUAAUGGCUAUUAUUGAAGAAUUAGAAAUAUAAAUUGAAUAUUUUAAUGAGAAGUUAAAUUAGAUAAAGUCUUAAUUUGAAAAAUAUAAAUAAGUUUCAAAUGAUGUUUGUUUGUUAAACAAUCUGAUUUAUUAUGCAUAUGGAACAGAUUCUUAAUAAAGUUUAUUUUAAGAACAAUUAUAAGGAGUUCUUAAAAGAAUGUGCUUUCAUUCUAAAAAAUUAUCUUUAAUUUCAGUAGCUUCAUGUCAAUCUAAUUUUUUAUUUGUUCCUAAUUAAAAAUUGUAUUAGAACUUUUUAGAACCAAUCUUGAAUUAAUUGAAAUAAAUUAGACAAUCUCUUGAUACUAAAAUGAUGUAGCCAGAGUCAUAUAAUGUUUUAAAUCUUUAAUUUAAAAAUAGUUUAGACUUAAUUCCUAAUACAUAAUAUAAUCAAAUUGUAUUUGAAUCAGAAACCUUAACUGAAGAAGAUAAAAUUUUUGAAAAGUUUAUAAUUGAUAGACCAGAUAAUAAUCCAAUUAAGAAAAUUAAAAAAUAUAAAUAGGAAUAUAAUCCAAUAGAAGAACCUUGUAAUUAAGGAAUAGGAAGGGUUGAAAAAAUAUCAAUUGUAGCAGGACAUAAAAUGUGGUAUCAUGAUUUGGCUUUUGUUAGAUUUAAACCUAGAAAUUGGGUUGUAGAACCAAGACAUGCUUGUAUUAUUUGUAAAUGUCAUCCAAAAUUUGCUAGAAUAAAAGAAUUCUUAAAUUGUAAAUAUGGAGAUUUAUAUGGUCCUAUUGAAUUAGCAUCGAAUUUAUUUGAUGCAUUUAAAAAGGCUGUUGCAAAUAGAAAAGAGAAAUAAUAUCUUGUUGAAAGAAGUGGUAUAUAUUUUCAUGAUCUUUGUGUUUAUUGGUCUUCUGAGGUUUAAUGUGAUGAAGUAGAAGGCAAAAUAGAUUUUCUAUCUUUAUGUAAAGCUGUUGGUAAUUCUUAUAAUACAUUUUGUUAUUUAUGUAAAAGAAGAGGCGCUACAAUGAAAUGUAAUAAUCCAUAAUGUGAAAUUUGGAUUCAUUAUUAUUGUUGGAAAGAGUUAGAUCCCUCUAAUCAAUAUUUAGAUAAUAAAAGAUUUAGAAUGCUUUGCCCUUAACAUGCUUUAGGCUAAGAUUAUAAACCAGAAUGGCUUUAUUCUAAUUAAAUUGCUCAAAGUAUAUCUAAUUUUUAUGCACAAUCUAAAUAAAAACCUUAAGACUAAAUUAAAAUUACUCAUAAAGAACAAUAUGAAGAAGAUAAAUCAGAUGCUGAACAAUAAGUAAUUAACUCAUAUAAAUCUAAACCUAUAAUCAAAGAAUAAUCUAUCAAAUCAGAAUAAAACUUUUUUAUACCAGAUCCUAAUGAAUAAGAUUCCAUUUUAUGA